UUACCGAUACAAAAAGAAAUAACACAAAAGCAGCCAGACUUAUUGAGCGGUUUUCAAAUAUUAAAUUUUUUGAAAUAUUGAAUAUUGGAAAUUUAUUUCUGUACAAUCAAUAAUGAAUGAGCCGCAUUAUGUUAAUUGUGAAAACGAUGAAGAGAAAAUGACUCACGGCUCCUUCGUUUUUGAUGGUUAUUGAUCCAUGUUCUGUGAUUUUUCAAUAUUCCAUAUUAUUCCUUGGACUUUAGAUGACAUUUUUGUAUUUUAUGCAAAGUAAACAAUAGAAGAUAUAAACAAUGGCAGCCACAGCAAAGAAACAAGAUUUGUUGGUUGAAGCUAAAUCAUUCUGUGAUGGCUUAUCGAACGUAUUCCUGAUGAAAAGACGAGAUCCUCAAACUAGGAAUUUACUGGACACCGCAAAACGACUGAUUGAAUCGCUUUCUGCAGAAAAUCAGAAGCCGACGGUAGGAUCACAUGGAGCACCAACCAGGUCAACUGGAGGUAUGGGUCAGCUCUGGGUAAAACUAGACGAACUAAAGCGAGAAAACGAGGAGCUAAGAAAACAUAGAGGUAGUAGCCAUGAAGAUAGAAGUCCAUCAACUAAAACUCAACAUGGACCUGGGGCAGAGUUAAACAAAAUUCGCCUUGAAAACGAGAGCUUAAAAACAAAAUUAGCAAAACACGAAAAGACAAUAAAGGAAUUAGAAACAGUAAACGCAAAUCUACAAGAACAAAACAAAAGUUCUAAAGUGGCUUUGGAAACUACACAAAGAUCCAUGGAAACGGUCCUGAAAGAAUACAGACUUAUGGAAGAUAGUGUCAAGUGUAUGAAAUCUGAAAACGACACACUUAAACAAAGGGUUACAAGGUCAGUAAAACCUUUACCUCGUCUGGAUAAUAGACAAGUUGAGAACCUGUCAGAAAAAUGUCGACCUAGUAACGUAGCUGUUGCUUACAAUUCUCUUGAGAGUCAGCAGUGGAUUGAGGCCAAGGAAUCUUUAGAAGACAACACAGAGUAUGAAGAAGAAAUAAUCUUAAGAAUUCUCUGCUCAAUAUUAGUGAAAACCUACGAAUGUUGUACAGAUGUGAAGGAAGCUUCCAAAUCAACUAUUGCUGAAAUCAUCAACCAACCAACCAUUGUGGUUUCAAAUUUACAAGCGGCCUCUAAUGGAAAGAACAAACUACCAGAAGAACUAACCGAUGCAGUAGGCCAGUUGUACAGAAAACAUUAUCACAAUAUUGACACAGACGUAAUUAGUCAGAAUGCUUUGUCAAGAGUUAUGAAGGAAUACAGUGAUAUUGAUGAUUCGUGUCUUAACAACAAACUUGUUGUCGCAUACGCCAAGGAAAGUGCCAAUUUAGCAUGGCAGAUGGUCAUUCAGCAACCACCGAUGUGUCUUUCCGUGCAAGAUACAAAGUUUAAUGACGAUUACCAUAAACUUUGGUGGUCAUGUGAUCAAGCACGUGCGUCCGAAAUUGAAUUUUUCGUCUGGCCCGCCUUGUAUGACUAUAAAAAUGGAAAUUUGUUAAUCAAAGGUUGUGUUUUUACAAACUGAACAGAAACAAAUCAAAAUCUUCCAACAUUAAACUUUCAUCAGUGUUAUAUGUGGUCAAAUAGAAGACACGUACGUGUUAAUCUGUGUGGACUCACGGUGAGUUAUUCUUGACCAUAAUAUGAAACACGUUCUAACAUGAUCAAAGCUUUUACAGCUAUUUGAAAUUUGAAGCACAUCCAACGUUCAUUAUUGAAUAAAUACCAGAGAACUCUUUUUCUCAGAAAACACUCGGUCAAACAUCCAAACAUACUAUCCACAUUGAUCUGUGUCCACACUUGUUGAAUGUAAAGAAAAUGUUACAAAGUAAACGAAAUUCAACCGUACGAUUAUAGAUCUAAUGACAUAUAUACCUGCUAUAUAUACUAUAAAUCCCAAGAGCGCAAAGAAGGUUUCUACGUGUAUAUAAAUUUAACAAUGUUACGUUUACUUUCGUAUAAAAAGCUUUGUCCGUUUCUAUAUUAAAUGUUUUCUGACAAUCAACAUACGUAAUUGCUGCCUCUAAUAUUUUUCAUAUUUGCUUACUAUGUCCAAAUUUGUAUAAUGUUUUGAAUUUGAAUAAUGUCAAACUAGCCAACAUUUCGUAUUUAGUCAUUUAUAAAUAUGCUUGUCAACAAAUGUGUUUGUAGUCCUUUUUAUACCCCCUUUAUGCCGGAACUGUAGAACUGAGUAGUAGAACAAUUAUAACAUUGUAAUAUGUAGAAACACGCCAUAUAUCUAUGAAUAAAAGCAAUAACAUAUUUUCCGACAGAAAAGAAAAAAAGAAUGUGUAUGUUAUAUCUGGUAGGUUAUAUUUUACAUA